AUGGGCUCAAGCACGAUGCCACAAUCAACGCCGGAUGAAGUACUGUUCGUAAAGGACGGCUGCAUCAUCUUGACGAGCGUCCUGGACGACGAACAUUCAGUCACGACCCAUGAGAUUGGCCACUGGAACGGCUUGAUGCACACUUUUGAGAGGGGGGUAUUUGGCCUUGAUCCGUGCGACCCGAACGGGGGUGACUUUGUUUCCGACACGCCUCCGCAGAGGGAACCAACUGUUGGAUGCCCGGUGCAACCUCGUCACUCAUGCAGCCUGCAGUUUACCGAUCCUAUUCACAACUUCAUGGACUAUUCCAGCUUCCCAUGCCCGACGGAGUUUACGAUUGGUCAAGUCAACCGCAUGAAGAGCCAUUGGACGACGUUCCGAGCCGGGAAGCAGGGUAGUGUCGACGGUGCUCGAGCCCCUGAUGGCGUUGCAAGUGGCCCCAAAGGCAAACCCCGUCCGAAUGAUGGCCAUCCUUCGGGCGGCAUGCCCGGUCUUGACGGCAACCGUCCCGCUGGUGGGAGCCCCCCUCCUCCCGGUGAAUCUCCAAAAGGUUGCCUGUGUCCAUGCAGCUGUCCCACCAUGCCCGGCUUCGAUCCUCCCCCCUACGUCCCCGGCGCGGCCGGAAUCCCAGGACUUGCCGCUGGGUUUCCGGGCAGUUUUGAUGCGAGCUCGGGUGUGAAUGGCCUCGAUGGGGCACGCGGCCUUGCCGGCGGCCUUGGGCCCGGACAAAUCUUGGCUCAAACACCUUCGUUUGAUCCAAGCAGCCCAAUCUCCGGCGGACCAGGUCCAGCUCCCCGGGACGAAGCAUUGCCGGCGUGA